AUGAGGCCUCCUUCUGCAACUUAUCACAAACUCUGUUCAACGCUCUUACGAUAUCUUCCUUCCCUUAAUACCCCUCGAAACUUCCAAAGCUCACACUUUCAGUCCUCCAAAAACUUCUACACACUGAACCCUACUACUGCCAUUCACACUUUCAUCAGGCCCAUUUCCGUCAUUUCUAUUAGUCCUCCGCAGUUGAUCGCCGUCGUACGGGGCAGAAGAUCGAGUAUCGCCGGCGUUUCAACCAUGGCCAGCGGCGAAGAAAAUUCAGUUACGUUUCAGUUAACUCCGUCGAGCUUGUUGAAGAUUCAGAAAGGUGAUAUUACUCGCUGGUCCAUAGAUGGAUCCUCUGACGCUAUUGUCAACCCUGCGAAUGAGAGAAUGUUGGGUGGUGGUGGUGCUGAUGGAGCCAUACAUCGAGCUGCUGGUCCAGAAUUACGAGAUGCAUGCUAUAAAGUACGAGAGGUGCAUCCUGGAGUUCGCUGCCCAACAGGAGAAGCAAGGAUUACCCCAGGUUUCAGAUUGCCAGCUUCUCAUGUAAUCCACACUGUUGGACCAGUAUAUGAUACUAACCCAAAUCCUAAAGCCUCUUUGACAAAUGCAUAUAGAAAUAGCCUGCGUGUGGCAAAAGAGAACAACAUUCAGUAUAUUGCUUUUCCUGCCAUAUCAUGUGGGGUCUUUGGAUAUCCUUAUGAUGAAGCUGCCACUGUCGCUAUAUCUACUGUCAAAGAAUUUGGCAGUGACCUCAAAGAGGUACACUUUGUGCUGUUUUCAGAUGAAAUUUAUGAGGCAUGGGUGACAGCAGCGAAUGAACAGUUGAAUUAAUUACGAGUAUCUGGAAGAUGAAGGUUGCGGCGAUGGACAUCGGUGAAGUAUAACGACAUACUCAGAUAUUGAAAUGUCAAAAUAUAUGAUUCUGCUGAAUAAAUAU